CACACACCUAUAUAGGACUUCCAAUCAAAGGCAACUAUACACACCUGCCUUCAAUUGGAAGUCCCAAUCACCAACACAACAUUAAACAAACAAACCACCUGCCACAUCCUGACCAAGACUAAGCAAUACGCCCUCUGCUGGUCAGGAUGUGACAUGUAUUAAGUAAGCUAUUUUCUUGGAUAAUUUUUUUCACGCUCAUAUUUGAGAAUUUUCAGGUGUUUGGAUUACAUUUUGUCAUUUAUCAGAAUAACAUUGAUGUACACAGUGGGCCUAGUAUUGCCGGGAAAAUAAUUUUGUUUGUUAUCGGAAAGUUCCAUUUCAAGCAUGCCAUUCACUUGGUGUCACUGCAUGGCUGCUGGAAUCAAAAACAUCCCACACUGUUAUUGGGUCUCCAAUCUGAGUUGAUGCAGCAGAAACAUCAGACAUGAGCGCAGUCACUGACCCAUCCCCCACAUCAACCCUUAUGCAGAAAAAAUGUGGCCGCACAUGAUUGCCUGAAAUGUAUCCAGUCAAGCAAGCAAUAGUCUGUUUGAAUCAGCGCCAGAUCAAGAGAUGAUUGAGGAACUUAUUUUUGCAAGGAGCAGAGCCCAUGCUUGACUGCAUGGGAAGCGUAAUUUUCACAAUGACCUCUGGACUGUGAAACCCACCAUUGUUCUAUUUGUUAGUGUCAGUUUCACCAGGGAGAAAUGAACACAGUUGAUGACUGUAGUUCUUGCUUCCUCCCAAUGUUAUACAGCUAUUACAUGGCUAUAAUAAGUGUAGAAUCCAGUCUAAUACAUACUUUGCCAUCAUUGCAUUGGCCCUCAGGACCAGAGUCUAUGCUGACGCCUUCAAUGAGCCUUUUUGGCCAGCAACAGCCGCUGUUCCAGCCAAUGCCUUCUACACAUACCCUUGGACCCCCUCCACAGACCCUCAGGCCGUCUAGACCAGUGGUAGUGGCCCCAGACCCCCUCCUUUUCCCCCUCUACAGCCCUCUGUCUGCCAAACCACCCGCUCACCUCCAGCUGAUGCAGGGCCCCCCCUGCCCUGUCCCCUGCCCUGUCCCACCUCCCACUGCCCAGGUGGCCCUCAGCACCAAGCCCCAGGAGGAAGAAGCUCAGAUCGGGGCCACAGACCAGGACGCUACCUUGGAUGAGCUGUGUAAGCCUCUGUAUUGCAAACUGUGCAACGUCACCCUCAACUCUGCCCAGCAGGCACAGGCCCACUACCAGGGUAAAAACCACAGUAAGAAGUUGAGAAAUUUUUAUGCAGGCAGCCAGCAGCUGCCUGCCAUCAGGAUUACAGAGGUAAUAGAACCAGUUUCCCAGCAACCCCUCACGACUGCACCAACUGAGAGUGCAACUCCAAAACAGCCGGUGUCAUUUAACGGUGCCAGCAGGGUGAUCUUAGCCACGGAGAACGACUACUGCAAGCUGUGUGACGCCUCGUUCAGCUCACCUGCCGUGGCUCAGGCGCACUACCAGGGCAAGAACCAUGCCAAGAGACUGCGGCUGGCUGAGGCCCAGCAGAGCAGUAGCAUCAUAGAGUCGACUGAGUGUGUCCAGAGGCGUCCGAAGAAAGAGGGGAGCGAGUACAAAUUGAUCAAGAACCGCAGGACCUCACAGGUGCCUCCUGCCAUGCCAGCCCCCUACUACAACCCCCGGCCCAGGCAGAGGAUCCCCAGAGACCUGGCCAUGUGUGUGACGCCCAGUGGCCAGUUCUACUGCUCCAUGUGCAAUUCUGGGGCCAGCGAGGAGGCCAACUUCCGCCUUCACCUGGAGAGCAAGCAGCACAAGAGCAAGGUGUCGGAGCAGCGCUACCGCAGCGAGAUGGAGAAUCUGGGCUACACUUAGGAGGGCAGCGCCGCAGCACGGGGAGGAGAGGGGAAUGGGGGGGUGGAUUCACACUGAAUUUUGCCAAUAGUAUAGAAAGAACCCACCAGGCUGUGGGGUAUUGGGGAACUUUAUCUCACAAUCGGUUUCCUUUCCCCAGUUUAAACCUUGUUAUUACUUGAGUUUGAGUAGCUGAAUAUUGCUAUGUGUAGUAGAGGAAAGCAAAGUUCUAUUACAGGCUUCUACCAGACCAGGUGAAUGUACUGUGAUUGCGAUGACAAUUAUUAAGUGAUAGGUAUUUUUUCAAUUGUAAAAAUCUGACUGACUGUUCUCUUUCCUCAUCUGUGUUUACAUGGGUUUGGUAUGACUCCAAGCAUCUUGGACAUGCCAGUCAACUCAACCUCUGGUCCUGGUCCCUUAUUAUUUUGGGAUGCUAUAAAAGCCAGCUGCUGUCAGCCCUUGACUUCCCUAUGGGAGGUGUGCUUUUUGAAAAGCAGAGUAACUCAGGAGAAUAUAGAGCAGGCCAGAGCAGGACUAGCUUUAAUUGGGGGGAUUUAGGGUUAUUUCCACAUGACCUCUACUCUGUUUAAUUUAGAGAAAAGGGGAUUUAGGCUGUUCAAAGCCCAAUUUGUUCAGAGGAGGAACACAAAGCUUGAGUUCUUGUUCCUAUAUAUCUACCCCUUAAUCCAAUGCAUGUGUACAAGUAAAUUUAGGCAUUCAUUGUCUGGUUCUUUUUUUUUUGCAGUCACAGAAAAAUGAUCGCUCGUUAACAGUGUAUUCUCUCUGGCUCUCAGAUGAUGUGUUUUUCAUAAAUGCUCUUGUAACCUAUUUUAAAAUGGCCUUUUUUUGUAGUUCUAGUCAGACCAUGGUUUAUUUGUCUUAAUUUAACAUUGCCUUUUGAUUUAUAAGAUUUACUGUGUAUCGUUUUGUCUUUAUGAGUGUUUGUUUUUAUAGACAAUUAGCCAGAGAAAAUAUCUACUGUUAUCUAAUGUAGGGGGGAGCUUCAUGUGCAACAUCACUUUAUUUGUAUACACUUGAUUAUACUUUAAUAUUUCACUGUAUAAAUUAUGUUUGUGCAAUGUACAUGUGUGCAUGAUAUUAUCAGAAUAGAAAUAUAUUUAAGUAUUCAUAAUAUGCUACUAGUGGGAGUGGAGGAACUAGGCCAGUUUGCGAGAGAUAGAGAAGGGACCAUUAUAUUGGACACAAGGUAGUGUAUGGGAAGGAGUAUUGCCCUUGUUAUAGAGGAGUGGGUGGAGUUUCAUACUGAUUGAUUGAUUGAAUUUGUUAGAUAUUUAAAAGUAGCAGGCUUCUCCAGCCGGAGACAACAUUACACGAUUACAGGAUUUGCUUUAGUUAUUGUUAUUUGUUAAAGUUCUAUUGAUGUUUCUCGAUCUGAUUUGUAUCAAAUGUUUACAGAGAGUGGUCCAAAGGGAAGUUGAUCACAUUUAAUGUUGGGUCCAUCCACAUGUUGCCCGUUCCUUAAACCUAAUUUGUCUUGUAUUGCAAUGGCCUACUGGAACUCUCCCAGCAAUCUCAUCUCCACUUUUUUUCAAGCUGUUUUAAUACAUAUUCAGUGCCUCUCAACCUUCAUUUUGUGAUGGACUGCACCCAGGGCUGUGAUUUUCUUGGAAGUUGAAACCACUCAUUAAAUGGGAUACAUUAAUUAUGUUACACAUUAAGUGAUCUAUAUUGUUCAGCUUAACCACCCAGAGCAAAUAAGCUAUUUCUAUCUGGAACUAGCACAGCAGUGGAAUUAACCACUUUCAUAAUAAUAUGUAACAUACCCCUUAAAAGGGGAGUGUGUAUCUCAGAGUAUACAGUGUGGGUCUGAGUGCAAUUCCUUAGUCCAAUGUUAGUAGUCAUCUCAUUCGAUGCCCUAUUUCUGUUUAAGUAAGUGGAGUUGUGUUUGCCUGCUGCUACACAUCCAUCCAUGCUAGUUUUAUGGCUGUGGCUGUGCAGUCUGUGCUCUGUCCUCUGAGGUAUUAGGCAGGAGCCAUUCCUUGCUGGGAGUAGUGUAGUGCUGCAGCAGCACAUCUGUUUGCCGCUCUAUCAGGGAGUGUGACCUGGCAUGGGAACAGGCCAUACCCCAGGGAGAUCCACACAGGCACAACAAACACUAUCCAAUGGACCUAUCUAUGUACUCAGACCAUUGUUGAUUUCCUACUCUCCUCUCCUCCAACAAGAUAUCAUUGUCCGCUAUGCAUGGCUGGCCAGGAGUUUGGCUCGCUUUAUCUGUUGUUCAGAAAUAUAAUUUCUCAAAGACAGAUGGAUUUAUAAAUGUCGAAAGAAGUGAACUAUAUCUAGGGAUAAGGGAUGAAAAUAAGGGAUAGCUGCAGUGCCUUUCUAAUGUCACACAAUCACAUCUGAUCUCAUGGCUGCCUUCGGCACAAACAUGAUUCUCAAGAACAAUCAACUCCAUUUCCAUUGGAGGCAGAAAUAUUGCCUCUGGUGCAAUAUUGCAAAUGUGGGAUCCAAAGAUCCCAAUUAAAUUGAAUUGACUUCCCUUUAGAGAAAAUAAUUCUAUAAUGUCUUGAAUGUACGUAUAUUUGAAGAAUAACAGAAUGACAACAGUUGUUUUAGAAACAAUUGAAGCACCUAUUUUGGUCACGGUACAAUAUUGACUAACUAUUUAAUAAAAAAAUUUUAUACAUGUUA